CUAAAGCCAAAUGUGUUGUUGGUGAGUGCAGGUCUAUACUUGGUUCCUGUGCGUGUUAUGUAUCCAAUGUCAUGCUUCUGUAAGCAAAUGCAGACUACUACUUAUGAAAUUGUUAAAGGAAGCUAUGUAUCAAAUCCACAGAACCAACCAGAAAAAAAAGAAAAAUUGACACCUAAGGUAGAAACUGUAGGUGCAUUUCAAAAAUUACCGAUGGUAAUGCCAUCUAUAGAUGUUCUACAAUCAGCACUAAGGAAAGCAAAGAGGGUCUCGCCUACAAAGGGCAUUGCUAAUGCUGCAAAACGCGAGAGAAAUAAAGGCGCAAAACAACUUGACACAUUAAUGAAGGAGUUGGCUGUGCCCUUGAGGACAUACAAGGAGAACUUCCCAAACAAAAAAUAUUUGCACCCUUAUGAACGAUCUUUGAUUGAGUUAACGCUUGGAGAUGGAAACUAUGAAGAGGUAUUGAGAAAGCUAGAAGCUUUAAGGAAAAAGGUGGUAUCAGUUGGAAAGGAACAUGCAUCACUAUGUGCUAAGUCAUUAUCUAAACGAGAAGCAGAGGAGCGACUGAACGAGGGAUUGAAAAGAAUUGAGGAAAUUUUUGAUCGUGAUGGAAAAGCUGUUGAUGAACUAUUGAACAUUGCCAAGACAUUACGGGCAAUGCCAGUUGUCGAUCUGGAAACACCAACUCUCUGUCUUGUUGGUGCUCCCAAUGUCGGAAAAUCAUCUUUGGUUCGCAUACUUUCGACAGGGAAGCCUGAGAUCUGCAACUAUCCUUUCACAACCAUAGGAAUUCUGAUGGGUCAUAUUAAUUUGAGCUACCAGAAUUUUCAGGUUACUGAUACCCCUGGAAUCUUAAGGAGAUGUGAUGAGGACAGGAAUAACUUGGAAAAGUUAACACUUGCCGUUCUCACUCAUUUGCCAACUGCAGUACUUUAUGUUCACGAUUUAUCUGGAGAAUGUGGGAUGUCACCUUUGGAUCAGUUUGUGAUCUAUAAGGAAAUGAGAGAGAGCUAUAGCAGCCAUAUUUGGCUUGAUGUCGUAUCCAAAUGUGACUUACUGCAAGCAUCUCCCGUCAUCUUUUCAACAGAUGAUGGUAAUGUUGAUAACUUUGAGCUGGAGAGAUAUAGGACAAUGGGACCUGAUGGAGCCUUAAAUGUGUCAGUAAAGAAUGAGAUCGGUCUUCAUGAGUUGAAGAAAAGAGUUUACGAGCUGCUUGCUUCACAAUCAGAAAGGAUCAAAAACCGAAAGAGCAAGGAGGCAGAGCUGGAAGUUUCAAGCUAGUUGGUUUUAUGAUUUCCUAACAGAUCUCUGGCCUGCCGGAAUUUGGCUGCAAGUUUUUGGGCUUCAUAAUUUGCUGAAUCUGAUCGUGGUAUAUCAUGUAUGUACGAUUGUACAUUGGUGAUCAAUCUGUGG